CUGAAUCGGUUUCAUGUCUUUUUAUUUUUAAUCGUCAUAAAUUAUUUUGAAAGUAAUUACAUGAAAUCAGCAGACUGUGUAGCCUGAGGGGCCCCAUCAUUCAGCAAAGAGCCCCAAAAACCUUAACAUGUCCCCGAACACAAGAUGCGUUCAGGUGCAGCAUAGAGGUCACGGAAAUUCUGAUAUUACCGUUCAGUUUAACACAUUAGGUCGACCAUUCAUCACAGACUCUAUUUUUGCUAUUUUCAACUUUAUUAUAAAAAUGUGAUAUUAGGUCUCAUAGAUCGUGAUGCUUUCUUUUAAUUUUAUUUUAUAAAUAUGUAGUUUUUCAUGGCUAAAUUUCAUAUUCACAAAAGUAAAUUUGCUAAUAAAAAAACUGGAUUUUUCUCACAGAAGUUAAAACUGCAGCAACAUUUAAAAUUAAUUUCUGCUUCAGAAAAUACAAAGGCUGAAAAAACAAUUAACGUUUGUAAAAAAAAGUUAACUCUCACAUUUCUAUUUUUUUCUUUUCUGUUUUUUCUUUUUAUUUAUUUAUUUCCUUCUUUGGUUGUUUUUUGGGUUAUUAUUGAACACCCGUUUGUUUAAAAAAUUACUUAUAUUAUUUAUUAUUAAAUAAUAAUAUUACUAAUAAUUUUGUUCUUAGUGGUUAAGAUUCUCAAGCAGGUCCAAAUAAAGUUGUUUUGUAUUCAAAGCUGCGUUUGAUUCUUAUAUUGUAUUGUUAUAAACAUUGUAUUUUUGUACAGUAUUCUGCAAAAAAAAAAGAAAAAGAAAAACUUUAGGUCGACCAUGGCGCCCCCGUUGCCCUUCAAAAUAAAAGUUCUGAAUCUCCCCGCCUCCUCGGCGCUCGUUCCCGCCCCCCAGCGGCGGAACAGGCAGCCGUGGAGCGUCAGCGCCGCUGUCCGUCCCCGCUACCGGAGUGAAAGUUGCCCCCGUCUGGGAGAAGCCGGGUCCCGGGAGUCGCUACUUUCCGCCGCCGCCGCUUUGGACGCUUCCCCCCCGCAGCCAUGAGGCGGAAGGAGAAGAGGCUGCUGCAGGUCGCGGGGCUGCUCAUAGCCGCUCUCCUCUUCCUGCCGAACGUGGGGCUGUGGUCUCUGUACCGGGACCGAGUGUUCGACAACUCGCCCGACACGGACGGUCCGCGCGGCAUCCCCGCCAUACAGGGGGUGAACCGGAUGGGGAGGGACUCUCUGGUGGGACUUGGCGGCACCAGGAAGAAAGACUGGCACGACUAUGAGGCCAUCAGAAGAGACGCCACUCGAUCCGGAAACGGCGAGCAGGGGAAGGCGUUUCCCCUGACGGAUGCUGACCGGGUGGACCAGGCCUACAGGGAGAAUGGCUUCAACAUCUUCGUCAGCGACAGGAUCUCCCUGAACCGCUCCGUCCCCGACAUUCGCCAUCCCAACUGUAAACAGAAGCUGUACGCCGAGCGGCUCCCCAACACCAGCAUCAUCAUCCCCUUUCACAACGAAGGCUGGUCGUCGCUGCUGCGGACGGUCCACAGCGUGCUGAACCGCUCUCCUCCGCAGCUCAUCGCCGAGAUCAUCCUGGUGGACGACUUCAGCGACAAAGAUCACCUGAAGGGGGCGCUAGAGGAGUACAUGGUACGGCUGCCAAAGGUGCGCAUCCUGAGGACAAAGAAGAGGGAGGGGCUUAUCAGGACACGCCUCCUCGGCGCGGCAGCAGCCAAAGGAGAGGUCAUCACCUUCCUGGACUCUCACUGCGAGGCCAACAUCAACUGGCUGCCCCCCCUGCUGGACCGGAUUGCCCUCAACAGGAAAACCAUCGUCUGUCCCAUGAUAGACGUCAUCGACCACGACAACUUUGGCUACGAGACGCAGGCGGGCGACGCCAUGAGGGGCGCGUUUGACUGGGAGAUGUACUACAAACGGAUCCCCAUCCCCGCAGAGCUGCAGAAGAACGACCCGAGUGAACCCUUCGAGUCGCCCGUGAUGGCUGGCGGGCUGUUUGCCGUGGACAGGAAGUGGUUCUGGGAGCUGGGGGGUUACGACACGGGUCUGGAGAUCUGGGGAGGCGAACAGUACGAGAUCUCCUUCAAGGUGUGGAUGUGCGGCGGUCGAAUGGAGGACAUCCCCUGCUCGCGGGUCGGACACAUCUACAGGAAGUACGUCCCCUACAAGGUCCCGGGGGGGGUCAGCCUGGCCCGGAACCUGAAGCGUGUGGCGGAGGUGUGGAUGGACGAGUACGCUGAGUACGUCUACCAGCGCCGACCCGAGUACCGGCACCUGUCUGCGGGAGACGUGGCUGCGCAGAAGGAGCUGCGCAGCACGCUCAACUGCAAGAGCUUCAAGUGGUUCAUGAAGGAGGUGGCCUGGGAUCUGCCCAAGCACUACCCACCAGUGGAGCCCCCUGCUGCCGCCUGGGGAGAGGUCCGGAGCGCCGCCAGCGGUUUGUGUUUGGAGAGCAAGCACUUUGUGUCCGGGACUCCCAUCCGCCUGGAGAGCUGCGUGAAGGGGCGGGCCGACGUCAGCUGGGGCCACGGGCAGGUGUUCACGUUCGGCUGGCGGGAGGACAUCCGGGUGGGCGACCCCAUGCACACCAAGAAGGUCUGCUUUGAUGCCGUCUCCCACCACAGCCCCGUCACGCUGUACGACUGUCACGGCAUGAGGGGCAACCAGCUGUGGCGCUACAGGAAGGACAAAAGCCUCUAUCACCCCGUCAGCAACAGCUGCGUGGACAGCAACGCCAGCGAGCGCCGCGUCUUCAUGAACGUGUGUAACCCCGCCUCCGCCAGCCAGCAGUGGCUGUUUGAGAAAACCAACGCCACCGUUCUGGAGCUCUUCAACCACGGCGUCAACUGAAGGCCCCCCCCCCAGUCGCUGUUGCCCUGUUUGACUCAAGUGUGGGAGGGGCUUGUGCUUCUUUUGUCCCACCUCCUCUCUUUCUACCCCCCUGAGGCUCCAUGUGCCUGCAUGACUGUCCCCCCCCCGCCCACUCACUCCCCCCGUAUGUCUGCAGCUCUGCCUGGGUGGGGGCGUGGCUAGUGAUCUGCUCCCAAACUCACAUGGCAGGCGAGUUAAGGCCCGCCUCUCCGUCUCUGGACCCCCCCAGCAUUUAUCAGAGAUGUUCUGAGUGCAGUCCACUCACACUGUACUUCCUGUGCCCUCCCCCCAGCUGCAAACCCACACAGGAAGUGGGUUUGCUGCAGCUUCCUGUCCCUCAAAGACUGCACCUCGGUGGCGGCCAAUCCCCCCCCACGCCACUGGACCGUUGGCAGGCAGGCCGUCACCUGAUUGGCUGGCAGGCAGGCCGUCACCUGAUUGGCAGGCAGGCAGGCCGUCACCCUCUCUUCAGCUACGGUAGCUCUUGAGGUCCAAAGUGGGGGCUUAAAUUGCACAAAGCACUUACAGAACGACCAACUUGAAUGCAAUCUCAGUGCCUUGUCGGACGACGACUCCACGGCGGCAGAAACGCCGCAGCGGGAACCGGUAGUGUCCGGACGCCUCGGAGCACUUCCGGGUUCCUGAAAAUAAAGCUGGAUUGUCCUGUGGUGCAGGACCCUGAACGCAUCGCCGUGAUUUCUCUGCAGUAAACGCACUUGACGUGAACGGAGCUCUGAGACUCCUCCUCAACGCCUCUCCUGCCUUUAAAAGUAAACCCCGCCCACCCAUCUCCAUGGAGACAAGGCGAUGCUUUCAUUUUUAUUCCACUCCUUUAGUACUUCAGUGGGAGACAGAAGUAAUGUUCUUAGCAGAUCACCUGAUGCGUUCUUUCUGUCUUCGUUGAACUUUUUCGUUUUGGGGCUGUUUUAUAAAUAAAGUUUGUGUUUAAUAAAUUCUUCCUAAUUUAAAAUUUAGAGAAUAAAAAUGCACAGAUUCUCUUAAAUGUUUUUUCUGUUCUUUUUGGUUGGAUGUUUUGAUGCACUUUAAACUUUCCACGCCUGUAAUUUGUGUUGAAACAGAAAAUCCAUCCAUCCAGGAACUCCUGAUGUCCCAAUCAAGAUUCCAUAUCAAUCAAUAAUUCUCUCUAAAAUCUGUGUUUUUAUUGUGGCAGCAGUUGAAAAUGCAACUUAUCAAACACUCGUUAUCGUUAUAAUCCACAGAAUUCCUCUUUUUUUAGUAUAGAAAUGUGUUUUAAAGCUGUCAAAACAUUUUAGACGAUUAUUACAGCAACAAAUCCUGGAUGGAUUUCAUUUCAGGGCCAGAUCCUCAUCAAUACGUUAAUCACUGUCCGUGUUUUUUGAUUCUCUUUCAGUUUUUUCGGGUCUGUUGAAUCGAUAAAGCAUCAAAGAAAGGAGGCGGAGUUUAAUCAGCUGUUUGUAUCUUUAUUCAAAAUAUUUUUUUUAUCAUUGGGGAUGUUCUUCAUAGGCAUGUAAUGGUUCUAACCAAACCCUUCCUUUACUUUGCCCCGCCCAUUUAUCCAUUGAUGGAAUGUUGUUGAUGUGGGUGGAGCAAACCGGCUCACCGUUGACUCAUUUUGUGUUCCUGAUAGAACUCCAGGCGAUGUCAGAAUUAUCUGUUCAGCAGAUAUUUGUCUGGUUUGCAGCCAGCUGGGGGGUCAAACCUCAGCGGGGGGGUCAAACCUCAGCGGGGGGGUCAAACCUCAGCGGGGGGGUCAAACCUCAGCUGGGGGUCAAACCUCAGCUGGGGGUCAAACCUCAGCGGGGGGGUCAAACCUCAGCUGGGGGUCAAACCUCAGCUGGAGCCGGUUUCAGACAUUUGGAGUCAAUAUUUCAGCUGGAAAAACCACAAAAACCGAGCUGUCGAUGAGUUCAGUUGCUUUACUCUCCAUGACAAAGAAAGGCCGUUUUCAGUGGAACUUCUUUGCUGAUGACACCGUGCUGUUUGGUCCAAACUGAACCGUUCCGACCCAAACUGCUUUUUUAUUGCUGUUCAGUAAAAUGCUGUUUCUUUUCAGAGCCACUGUUGACUGACAGCCUCAGAGAUGCAGUUUGUAGACUGAGUGACAUAAGCUGUGGUUGAUGCUGCCCGCCUUGUUUCCUCUGUCAAAUAAUCCUCCAUGAAUCUUCCCACCGUCUCCUCGUGCAACACUCACCUCGACUCUUUCUUUCAACGUCAAUGUUCAAAAAUUGACCUUUUAUUUUCUCCUAACGUUGACAAAAAUCUCUAAGUUUUUUGUGGACGGGUUAAGAAAAGCCUAAUUCUAUACAUACUUUUUCAUGUCAGCCUGUUGUAUUUUACUGAAUGCGACGGUUUCUGCUUCUUUCUGUUUUUGUUCGAUCCGUCUUUUAGGAUUUCGGUUCAUGACUUCCUGUCAGCAUCAUCCCAAAGUGAUUGUCCUGAUGUCUAAAUGCUGCCAUGUUGGGUUUUUGGUUUCAUGCUUUUAGAGUCCCAUUUGUUUCAGAGGGAGUAGAAAUCUAUUUUUCUGGAGCGCCUCCGCCUGUUCGCCCGUCGCCGGAUGCUGUGCGGCGCCUCAGACAUUACAUUUUGUAUUUGGAGAUCCAGUAUUUUUUUCUACUGACACUGAAGCUGUAAAAGUGUAUUUAGAUAUUUAACAAACUGUACAAAAAAAUUGGAAAUGUAAAAUAUUUUUGCUGACAUUGUAAAAUAAAAAGUUUCUAUAUUUCAGGAAAGAA